GGGACUGGCGCUGCCGCGCUGGCGACCAGACAGCGAACCUGUUGAGGUCGGUGCGGGCUGUGGCCAUGGCCUCGUUCGUGACGGAAGUUCUGGCACACUCGGGGAGGCUGGAGAAGGAGGAUCUGGGCACUCGGGUCAAUCGCCUGACUCGGCAGGUGGAGGAGAUCAAGGGUGAGGUAUGCAGUAUGAUCAGCAAGAAGUACUGCGAAUUCCUGCCUAGCAUGCAAAGUGCACAGGACCUGGUUACCCAGGUGGAUAAGCUGUCUGAUGACAUUGACCAGCUGAAAUCCAGGAUAGAGAGCGAGGUCCGCCGGGAUCUUCAUGUAUCAACUACUAAAUUUACAGAAUUGAAGCAACAGCUGGAGAGAGACUCAGUAGUCCUUUGUUUGCUUAAACAGCUGCAAGAGUUUUCUACUGCUAUUGAAGAAUAUAAUUGUGCAUUAGUAGAGAAGAAGUAUGUCACAGCUGCUCAGCGUCUGGAAGAGGCACAGAAAUGCUUGAAGUUAUUAAAAUCCAGAAAAUGCUUUGAUUUAAAAAUGUUGAAAUCUCUCAGCAUGGAGCUCACAAUACAGAAACAGAACAUACUUUAUCACCUUGGAGAAGAGUGGCAGAAGCUGAUUGUAUGGAAGUUCCCACCAUCAAAAGAUACCAACAGCUUGGAAUCUUGCCUACAGACAGAACUUCAUUUAUGCACAGAACAGUCCCAGAAAGAAGAGAAGACCCCUGUACCACCCAUCAGUUCUGUUCUCUUGGCAUUUUCUAUUCUCGGGGAGCUACACAUCAAGCUUAAAUCAUUUGGUAAGAUGCUUCUGAAGCGUAUCCUUAGGCCUCUGGCAUCUUGUCCGUCCCUUUAUGCUGUGAUAGAAAGCCAGCCGAACGUAGUUACUUUUCGUUUUGAAUCUGUGAUGACUGACUUGGAACAUCCAUCACCAUCUGAAGUUUUUGCAAAGAUCAAAUUGGUUCUGGAAGUGCUCCAGAAACAGCUUCUAGAUUUGCCUCUUGAUGCUGAUCCAGAAAAUGAAAAAACAUCUAAGAUCAUAUUGGCCGAGAUGCUUGGUGACGUGAUCUGGGAGGACUUGUCUGAGUGCCUCAUCAAGAACUGUUUGGUUUAUUCUAUCCCAACAAAUAGCAGCAAGUUACAGCAAUAUGAAGAGAUCAUACAAUCCACUGAAGAAUUUGAAAAUGCCCUAAAGGAGAUGAGAUUUUUAAAAGGAGACACUACUGAUUUGCUGAAAUACGCCCGUAAUAUCAAUUCUCAUUUUGCUAACAAGAAAUGCCAGGAUGUGAUUGUGGCAGCCAGAAACCUCAUGACCUCUGAAAUUCACAACACUGUGAAGGUUACUCCUGAUUCCAAGAUAAGUGUGCCAGCCUUACCCAGUCCUGAUGAGGAUGACAAGCUAGACAUACAGAAAGUGGCCAGAGCUCAGUACAGUGAAGUGAGAAAUUUAGAGCCGGAAAAUACACUGGACCAACAUUCUUUUUCCUUGCCAACGUGCCGCAUCAGUGAGUCUGUGAAGAAAUUAAUGGAACUCGCCUACCAGACUUUACUAGAGGCGACGACCAGCAGUGAUCAAUGUGCUGUUCAGCUUUUCUGCUCGGUAAGGAAUAUCUUCCAUUUGUUCCAUGAUGUGGUACCAACAUAUCACAAGGAGAACCUUCAGAAACUGCCUCAGCUGGCUGCCAUCCACCACAACAACUGCAUGUACAUUGCUCACCACUUGCUGACCCUUGGGCAUCAGUUCAGUUCGCGUCUUGCCCCUGUUCUUUGCGAUGGCACUGCCACGUUCGUGGAUCUCGUACCUGGCUUCAGGAGACUUGGAACAGAGUGUUUUUUGGCUCAAAUGCGGGCACAGAAAGGAGAACUUCUGGAAAGAUUAUCAAGCGCUAGGAACUUUCUAAACAUGGAUGAUGAAGAGAAUUAUUCUGCAGCAAGCAAAGCAAUCCGGCAGGUACUGCACCAACUAAAGAGACUUGGGAUUGUGUGGCAGGACAUCCUGCCAGUGAAUAUAUAUUGCAAGGCUAUGGGGACUUUACUCAAUACCGCAAUUUCUGAGAUCAUUGGCAGAAUCACUGCCUUAGAGGACAUCUCCACUGAAGAUGGGAAUAGAUUGUAUUCCUUAUGCAAAACAGUGAUGGAUGAAGGACCCCAAGUGUUUGCCCCUCUAUCUGAAGAGAGCAAGAACAAGAAAUACCAAGAAGAGGUUCCAGUCUAUGUGCCAAAAUGGAUGUCUUUCAAAGAACUGAUGAUGAUGCUACAAGCCAGCCUGCAAGAAAUUGGGGAUCGGUGGGCAGAUGGAAAAGGGCCCCUAGCGGCUUCAUUCUCCUCUAGUGAGGUGAAAGCUUUAAUUCGUUCCUUGUUCCAGAACACGGAAAGAAGAGCAGCUGCCCUUGCUAAGAUUAAAUAGCUUCAUCUAAGAAAGCCGUGUCUCGACUAUGUGGAUUCCUCUUUUGGGACAAUCACUCCUUCAAAGACUUCUUGGAAUCGCCCAUGGGUUUUAGUUAACCAAUAUAUCGUGGAAGUUUGACUUUAUGUAAGAACACCUCCUGGCGUGCAUGAGGCUUUAUUGCAGAACUGGAUGUUAAGAUAAGAUGUGGAGUGAAGCACCUCAAUUUGUUGACUUUCUAGCCACUAUCCACCAAUAAGAAACUGUAGAACAGCAAUAUUUCAUGUUGCUUCGUUGGCCCUUUGGGAACUGUAUACCUUGUAAAUGUAGGCCCACUCUGGCCUUGGACCAAAGAAUCCAGGAGAUUUCAAGAGUCUAAAGAAUUUGGGAGCAAAUGUGAGAUAUUUUUGGUCGAGUAGGAACACCAUAUUGGGCCUUGCAGGAAUCAAGAAGACUUCCCUGUAAUAUUUCUUUGUAAUAAAUACUGCUUUUCAGAA